AUGACUGACAAUGAUCAUGUUUAUACUUCGAAUAAUAUUGAGUUCUCUGCUACUAUAUUACUUGUUUAUUCUAGAAUCAAUACAAUUCGAUCAUUAUUAUUAUUAUUAUUAUUAUUAUUAUUAUUACUAGUUCCUACUAUUAACCAACAAAAAGCCAAAUCAUAUGAAGAGUUUAAAAUACAAAACAAAAUACUAAAAAGAUUUUAUUAA